UUGAGUGCAACAGAGAGCAGCGGAGCAAAUAGUCGGCGUACACUUGACAACCUAUAGAACGUAGAGCGCGCGCCCACAAGUGCUCACCGAUUGCUAUAAAAGCUUGCGGACGUCUAGUUGGCGGAAUCAGUCAGUCAAUUGGACACACACGACGCGGAAGAGCAAUCAGCGUAAGCGCGCGCCGCCAAUAACAAAACAAAAAUUUAAAACUUACUUACUUUUGCAUAAGCGCGUAGUGAAACAGUGCGCGCGAAAUUACAAGUUUGUGUGGGUGUGUUGCUUUAUUUGUUUUCGUAAUUCAUUUGUAAACACUUCAAGCAUGUUGGAGAGCAAAGCAAAACAAAAUAUUGUGAUAAAAAGUGUGCCUACCGACGCCGCGUCACCGGAACAACAAAAUGAAACACUUUCACCGCAAGUUUUAGACGCUUACCGUGAGUUAGCCAAACGCCAUGCGAUCGACGAUUUCGAAUUAGCUGUGCAAGCCAUAGGCGGACCUGGUGAGAAUUCCUAUGGCUCCGUGCUGAAGGUGCGUUUAACGCCUACAAGCGCGCCAACAAAGUCAGCGGCGCUGCAAACGCUGCAUACGAUACUGAAGAUCGCGCCUACAAGCCCAGCGCGCCGCGCGCAUAUGCGCGUCAAGGACAUGUACACGCGUGAAGUGUUUAUGUAUGCAAAAGUGUUUAGUGAGUUUGCCGCGCUGCAUGCCACAGCGGUAGCACGCGCACCGUUCAGUGCCGCGCCGCAAAUGUUGUACGCAACGCUGAAAAACGACGCUGAGUUUAUAAUUUUUGAGGAUUUAACCGCUGUAGCUUUUGCAAUCAACUCACGCACUAACCUACCCACAUAUGAUUUGGUGGUGUGCGCUUUUCGUGCGCUCGCGCAGUUGCAUGCAAUGUCGUUUGUAUUGCAAGCGCGUCAGCCAACGCGAUUUGCCGCGUUAGUCGCGCAAAUGGAUGAUAAUCUUUUUACGGCGGAUAUGGAGGAGGUGUCCGUAGAGUUUGGCAAGAAAUAUGUGCGACGCACGCGUCACUUGCUAGAGGCGGACUUGAAGUUGAGCGGCGAGGAUACGCCACAAAUGCGUGAGGUGCUGCUGGCGCUGCAUAAAAUUGAGGAUAAUUUUCAAGGAAUUUGUAUGAAUGCGGUAAAUGGCGCGGAAUAUGCGCCCUACUCGGUUAUAUGUCACGGCGAUUUCUGGAAUAACAACAUACUCUAUAAAUUCGAUUCCAGCAACAAGCAGCGCAACACCGCCAUCAAGGCCAAACUGAUUGACUUUCAAAUUUCGCGCUACUCACCGCCAAUCUUGGAUCUGGUACACUAUCUUUACGCCUGCACAGAGAAACCGUUACGCGAUGCGCAUUUCAAUGAAUUCAUGCAAAUCUAUUACGACACAUUGGCACAGUUCAUACGCGACUACGAAUUGGAUCCCGCUAUCCUAUAUCCCGAAGCAAUAUUCCGCCAGCAAUUACGACAAUUCGGCGUCUAUGGUUAUUGCAUGUCCGCGUUUGCGGUACCAUUCUUCGUAUCGAAUGCGAGUGAAUUACCCGAUUUGGAUAAAGUCUCCGAAGCCAUACAAGAACUCUCUUCGUCGUCGUCAUCGUCCUCAUCGGAUUGUUCAGACACAGAUGAAGCAAACGAUGACGGAAGAGGAGUACAAAGUGCAGUGGCGCAGCAGCGACAAAAGAGCAAUCACCACAAAACAAUGUCCACAAAAAGUCAAAGCGCCGCCGAGUUGGUCGAUGAACUGGAUAUUUUGACUGAGCGCACUUUACCCAUAUUUAAAAGGCGUAUGAUUGGCAAUAUUUUAGAUUUACAGAAAUACGAUAUGCUUGAAGCCAUACUGAAGUAUUAGUGGAUAACUAUAAGAGAGGAAGAGAGUAGUCAGGGUUACAGAGUAGUUAGUGUCCUAAAAAAUUAGAGAGAGAGCAAUCAGGGAGAGAGAGAGAGAGCAAUCAGGGAGAGAGAUAGAGAGCAAUCAGGGGGAGAGAGAGAGAGCAAUCAGGGAGAGAAAUCAGUCAAUCAGAGAAAGAAAUCAGUGUCUCAGAGAGAGAAAGAAAAAUCAGUGUCGCAGAGAGAGAAAGAAAAAGCAGUGUAUCUGUGAGAGAUGAAAAGCAGGGUAUCAGAGAGAGAAAGAGAAACAGGGUGGUGUGUAGCAGCUGUGAUGAAAAUAGUUAAGGGGAGUUAUGAAAAAAUAAUAAAUUGCUUAAAUUGAGCUACACAAUUGCUCCCACAAGCAUUCCAGUAAAAGAAAUUGAGAAGAGUAUUAGUAUAUAAUCGGAGCUACAGGAAGUCACUUAAUUAAGUCAAUUAGUGAUGCUUUUCCAAAAUUAAAAUUUUGAAUAUAAAAAAUUAGCUAAUUGACUUAAUUAAGUUGCUGUCUGAAACGCUCUUAAGCCUUAAACUAUUUUAAUUCGCUUCAGAAAGUCACUUACUUGAGCCGCUUAAUUGAGUCAAGUAAUGCUUAGAGUUUAUUGACUCAAUAAAGGAGCUGUCUAAAACGCUCCUAAGCCUUAAAUUAAAAUAGGCGCUUCAGUAAGACAGCUAAUUGAGUCUAUAAGUGUUUUUUCUCGCUAUUCAGUGUAAACAAAGAACUAAUUGGCUCAAUUAAGUUAUCGUCUGAAACACUUAAAAUCGCGUGUUAAUUAUAUAAAGUUUAUAAGAAAAUAAACCGUCGCAGUGACUAAACCGACAGCGCGAUCAUUUUAUAAUUAUUUUAAUAACAAAGUGCAGCGUAGUGUCUAUAGAGUGAGGCGUGAAAUUCAUUAAUUGUGUUGAUAAUUAUAUUAAAUGAUGUAUUUUUUUUUGAUUAAUUGAGGCAAUAGUAAGCACUCGCAACAGCGCUACCAAAGUGUUAUGCCUUUAUUUUGAAAGUAUUUACAUUUUUAAUAAAAGAAAAAUAGUAAAAGAUAGUGGAAAAUAUUUGCUACUAUAUUUGUUACUAUUUAUAUGUUUAUAUUGUUGUUAUAUAUCAUAUGUAGAGGUAGUGAUUAAUUAGCAGAAUUGAACAUGAUAGUUAAAUUAUGGAAAUACUGUAGAAGCUAACAAAGGUACCUAUUUUAAAGUAAACGAAAUAAAAGUUAUUAAAUUAAAGAAAAUUAAAUUAAAAAAGCGAAAGGUAAUAAAAAUUAAACAACAACUACAAAAAUGUGAUUUAAAGGUAUUGUACAAAACACAAUAAUAUUUAAAAUAACAGUAUUUGCUUGUAAUAAAACUAAUUAUUUAAAUAAAGCAAUUAGCAAAUAGCAAUAACAGU